AUGAAACGCAAGGCUGACGCACAGGCCGACAAGAAGGCCUCCAAAAAGAAGAGGAGCAAGUCUGUCCUCUCGGCCGCUGACGCCAAGUCGCGCUUCCGCGAUGGCCUCUUUGACCAAGAGGUCCUCCAGGCCUACACCGACGAGUAUGCCACCUCGAGCCCGUAUAAACAUGCCGUGAUCCACAAGCUCGCCGACGACAAGCUCCUGCGCAGCGUCCGCGACGAGAUUCGCGAAAACGUCUCCUUCACGCCCAAGGAGACGGACAUUUACAAGAUCCACCAGUCGGGCGACCUCGCCAACCUCGACGGCCUCGACAACGACGCCCUCGCCAAGCUGCCGUCGCUGCUGGCCCUCCGCGACGCCAUGUACUCCGAGACGUUCCGCCACUACGUCUCCCACAUCACCGGCUGCGGGCCCCUGAGCGGCCGCAAGACGGACAUGGCCAUCAACGUCUACACGCCCGGCUGCUACCUGCUCUGCCACGACGACGUCAUCGGCUCCCGCAAGGUCAGCUACAUCCUCUACCUCACCGACCCCGACGUGCCCUGGAAGCCCGAGUGGGGCGGCGCCCUGCGCCUCUACCCCGUCGACGAGAAGGAGGGCGCCGGCGGCGAGGUCGCCAAGACGCCCGCGCCCGAGUUCGCCAAGGUCAUCCCGCCCGCCUGGAACCAGCUGUCCUUCUUCGCCGUCCAGCCGGGCGAGUCCUUCCACGACGUCGAGGAGGUCUACCACGCCGCCUCGCCCGCCGAACUCGCGCGCCAGGGCGGCCGCGUGCGCAUGGCCAUCAGCGCGACACCUCCGCCUGGCUCGUCGCCAAACCCCCGCACAAGCACCGCUACCUCUACCAGCAGCCCGCCGACCUGCGCGCCGCCCGCGACGAGUCGCCCGUCACGGAGCUCCCUCGACGUGCUGCUGCCGAGCCGCCAGUUCCGCCAGUGGCUGCAGACGGCGACGGGGUGCGUCGUCGAGGGCCACGACCUGCUUGCGCGCCGGUUCCGCCGCGGCCAGGACUACACCCUCGCUACGGGCUACGCCGGCAAGCCGCGCCUCGAGAUGAACCUCGGCUUCACGCCGACGGUCGGCUGGGGCGACGACGAGGGCGGCGACAGCGACGACGACGAUGAGGAAGACGAAGAGGAGGAAGAGGAACAGAGGAGCAAAAAGGGCAAGGGCAAAGCGAAAGCCAAAGACAGCAAGAAGGAAAAGCAGCAGCAGCAGCAGCAGCAGCAGCAGCAGCAGGAAGAGCAAGAAGCUCCCGAGGUCGGCGGCCACGAGGUCUACAUGGCCGGCGACGACGAGGAAGACGACGACGACGCGGACGAGCAGGCGAAAAAGGACAAGAACGACGCGGCCGUGUACAAGUCGAGCGGCGACGAGGACAACAUUCUCUUCUUCCAGGCCGCCGCCUGGAACAAGAUGACGCUCGUGCUGCGCGACAGCGGCGCGCUCAAGUUUGUCAAGUACGUCAGCCAGAGCGCGCCGGGCGACAGGUGGGACGUGUCCGCCAACUUUGACGUCGAGGAGCAGGACCUGCCGCCGGGGGCUGAGGGGGACGGUGGUGCUGCCGGCGACGACGACGACGAGGAGGAGGAGUUCCAGGGCUUCUCGGACCGUGACGAGAGCGAGUCGGAUUGA